AUGGACAAUUUCAAAAGUCCAAGACCGACGCCACAGUUCUUUCGAGAACCUGUUUCGUUUUCUCAUAAGAAGGAUUUGCAUACUCCACGUGACACUGCUCCUCCAAGACCUCCUGUGAAAAGUGCUCCACCAAUUAGUAGACUGUUUCCACAUAAAUUCAAAGAACAUCAGAAAGCACAUGCCGUGUCAUUCAGAUCUUCUGAAAGCUCAUUCUUAAAUAGUCCACAUUAUAAUGAAGGAAUACAGGAUCUUUACUUUGACCAGUGUUUCGAGAUUGACUGUAAAAUUGGUGUAGGAUCCUUCGGAGAGGUGUUCAAAGUUUGUAGUAAAGAAGAUGGAAAAUUUUAUGCUGUCAAGAGAUUCAGAGAAAAGUUCAGGGGAGAAUGUGACAGAACAAGAAAGCUGGAAGAGGUAAAAAAGCAUGAAGAGCUGCCGAAACACCAGAACUGUGUGGAGUUUCAUAAAGCAUGGGAAGAGAAAGGACACCUCUAUUUACUGACUGAGUUGUGUCACAUGAGUUUGCAGCAAUUUUCUGAAGUAAAUCAUGACAUACCAGAAUCUGUUAUCUGGGACACUGUUAUCGAUCUUCUUCAGGGUUUAAAACAUCUUCAUAAUCAUAACUUGAUACAUAUGGAUAUAAAACCUGCCAAUAUAUUUGUGUCAUUUGAUGGAGUAUGUAAACUUGGAGAUUUUGGUUUAAUGCUUGAACUUGACAAGGGUGAUUUAUCUGAGGCCCAGGAAGGUGAUCCUAAAUACCUUGCACCAGAAAUACUACAAGGUAGAUAUGGAAAGCCAGCAGAUGUAUUUAGUCUUGGUAUUACCUUUUUGGAGUUGGCCUGUGAUUUAGAACUACCUAAAGGUGGAGAUCUCUGGCAUCAGUUGAGAAGUGGUAACAUACCUAAAGAUAUUACACAAAAUUUGUCUGAUGAUCUUCGAUAUGUCAUUUACACUAUGAUGGACCCAGAUGUUCAACAUAGACCCACUCUGGAUCAGAUUUUAGCAAUACCUGUUGUAAGAAGAGAGUGGAAAAGGAGAAGGAGGGAGUUGUUGACAAGAAAGAUGUGGAGUGGUUUGGUGUCGUUUUACCAUAUGUUGUACAUGGUAUUUCUCAUGGCAUGGUUGACUGUUGCUGCACCAUUCAAAUAUGCACACAGUACCAAGAAGACAAACGGACCACAAAGUACCAGUACUCCAACAGUUAAAAAACAUCCUUCAUAUUGGGAUCACAGUUUCUCUGAUGAUGACUGUUUUACUGACGAUGUGAGUAUUACUAAUAAUUCUAUUGGCGUGCCUAUACUGAAUAGCACUACUACAUCUAGUGACGAGGAGAUACUCAAACACAGGAUUUCUCAACUCAAUGGAUCUGGAAGAAUGGAGCAAAAACAAUGGCUUGGAACACAAUUACCGGUCCUAGAACUUGAAGUGCUUGAAAUAAGCGCCAUUUGA